UCUGACACUCCAACAUUACUGUCACUUCAAAAAUUGUGUGUUCGAUCAAAAUGUCCGUUUAUUGAACAAAUCCAAAGUAAUUGCAAAAUACAACAAGAAAAAUGGCCCGAAAAUGCAGCUGUAGUGUAGAUAUAGUGAUGGUUCGUCAUGGCGAGUCAGAGUGGAAUCUAAAGAAUCUCUUUUGCGGUUGGUACGACGCUGAUCUGAGUGAAAGUGGCAUACAAGAAGCGAAGGCCGCUGGAGAUUCCCUGAAGAAGGCAGGGUUCAAGUUCGAUAUAGCAUAUACUUCAGUGUUGAAGAGGGCUCAAAAUACUCUACUCAACAUCCUUUCGCAACAAGGUCAGAGCGAUUUGCCAAUUGUCAAAACUUGGAGGUUGAAUGAGAGACAUUAUGGAGCCUUGACUGGUAUGAACAAAGUCGAAACUGUUGAGAAAUUUGGAGAUGAGCAAGUAGCUAUAUGGAGGAGGAGUUUUGAUAUUCCUCCACCACCUAUGGAGGAAGGUCAUCCCUACUAUGACUCGAUCACCAAAAACCCAUCCAUACUAGAAAAUGGACCAAGUCCAGAUGAAUUUCCGAAAACAGAGUCCUUGAAGUUGACCAUAGACAGAACUCUUCCAUUUUGGAACGAUGUGGUCAUUCCAAAACUUAGAGCAAAAACCAGAAUAUUGAUUGUGGCUCAUGGUAACAGUCUACGAGGUAUCGUCAAGCAUUUGGAAAAAAUUAGUGAUCAAGAUAUCACAGGGUAUAACUUACCAACUGGAAUUCCCUUCAAGUAUAGUUUGGAUCCGAAUAUGAGGCCAAUUGCUCCUCUAGAGUACUUAGGAGAUCCUGAAGUUGUUCAAGCUGCUAUAGAUAAGGUGGCCAAUCAAACGAAAAAGAAGGCAUAAUUCAUUCAUGUAUUUCGAACUCGAAUGUAUCUAAUCAUUGUGAAGAUAAAGAAGUGUAAAACAAA